CUUUGACUUUUUUCAAAGGAUUGAUUGCAAUUAUGAAAGUGCCGUUAUUUCGUCACGUUUUCCUCUGCUUCAACUAAAACAACAUUUUUGUCCAAUAUUAAGCCGAUUCUGGAUUUCUGCGCUGAGUGGAUUAACUAAACGUUAAAAGUUCACAAUUGCAGGGAAAUCGUCUUCUACCAUCUUAGCAACUUAGACACUUCCUUUGUUUUUUUCUUUUGUAGACAGUAGACACAGACUGGACACUAACUCCGCAGAAACAGGCUCUGGAUUCCCGGAUUCUGUACGCGCUUACAAUGUUAAUGUGAUAAUUAUAAUGGAAUUAUGUGAUAAUGAUGCUGGAAUAAUGAACUAUUCACUGCAUGGAAGCAAAGUUUCGCGCAGCAAUAGUGCCCAAACGGAAUAUUUAAGAGGCUGAUGAGUGACACGAGCGGCACAGGAGGUGGUAGCCAUGUACAAGCUGUACAUAUAUCCCGCUAUUCUCCUAACCAUCGCCUUGAAAGUGAUCAUGGUGUUUGGAGAUGAAUUUGAGUACCGGCUAGUUCGUGAUUUAAUGGUGAAAUACGACAAAAGAAUCCGGCCGUCCAGAAACGCCAGUGACGCUCUAAACGUUACGUUUGGAUUAGCGUUAGCUCAAAUAAUAGACGUGGAUGAAAAGAAUCAAAUUUUAACAACAAAUUGCUGGCUGAACCAGGCAUGGAUAGAUGAAAAUUUAAAAUGGGACCCUGGCAAAUAUGAUAAUAUAAAAGUGGUCCGUCUACCGCACAGCGAUAUUUGGAAACCGGAUGUGUUGCUAUACAACAAUGCCGACGUCUCGUCUUACAUGUCCAGCAUUAGUACCAACGUCAUGGUGUCACAUGACGGCAACGUCACGUGGCUGUCUAUGAUCAUAUUCAAAAGUUCCUGCAUGAUCGACGUGAAGUAUUUCCCGUUUGACGAGCAGAAGUGCAACAUGUUGUUCGCCUCUUGGACGUACGACGGCUAUCAGCUGAAUUUGACAAUGAACUCCCAUAAAGGCGAUAUAUCCAAUUACAUCGAGAGCAGUGAAUGGGACCUCUUGAACCUGGAAGUUCAGCGCCAUGUUGUUUUCUAUUCGUGCUGCCUAGAGCCUUACCCUGACAUUACGUUCUAUAUACGAAUUCGGAGGCGCCCUUUGUUUUACGUGUUUAACAUGGUGCUUCCUUGCGUGUUAAUCACUCUAGUGGCCCUGCUGGGCUUUUAUAUACCCUCGGACUCCGGGGAGAAAGUGACGAUGGGUAUAACCACCCUGCUGUCAAUGACUGUCUUCAUGAUGCUCGUGGCAGAGAACAUGCCGCCCACAUCCGAUGACCUCCCUUUAAUAGGAUUAUAUUAUGGAAUAACAAUAUGUAUUGUGUCAUUCGCCACGGGCUUCACUGUUUUAACUCUGAACAUCCAUCACAAAGGAGUGCGCGGUAGGGAAGUCCCCGAGUACGUGAAGAAAAUUUGCUUUGGCUUCCUGGCCAAAAUUCUGUGCCUACGGCUCGAUUUGCCGGAUACGCCAACAACAACAACGUUUACGCCGGGUUAUAUGGACAAAUCUAAGUCUUACAUGAAGUUUAAGAUGGCAGGUCACGGGGAUUUGGAGACGGGCUGUUCUCGAGCAUCCAGACAGGACUUUAACACCGUGAAGGAAAGCUCGUUUGGGAGAAUGGCGGACACAAAACUGGAUGGUGAGGCCAGGGCGGAAAAUGGGGGCAUCAACGCUAGAUUUACACACCUUCUUAAUCCACCAUCAACUAACGGGCCUAUGGCAGAAAAUUUUGAGAGACAAUUUAUGCGGGUUCUUCAGAAAGUUUAUCAGACGAUUGAGCGAAACGAAAUGCGCUUGGUAGACUCGGAUCGGCGAGACGCCAUUAAACAAGAAUGGCAACAGGUGGCGCUAGUAGUCGAUCGACUUCUCCUUUGGUGUUUUGUUCUAGUGACCUUGACCUUAACUCUGGCCAUAAUGCUUCAGGCGCCAUAUUCUGCGGACAACAUCGACGAAGCAGCAGCAUCUGAAGCUCAGCGGACCGAAACAGGGUUGUGAGAUCUCGGAAGGUCUCGCGAGCUUCGAGGAUCACCAGAACGAAAAAUCCGGCGUCCAAAGUGUAAAUGUGUUGGAAGGAAUCUUUUGAACUUAAGUUUAAAUCAAUUCUAUUCAUUUUUACAUUUAAGGUGUACACGUCUGCGAGUUCGCGGCAUUGUCGAUGACUUCACUUCCUGGCACAGUAUAUUAAGUAGCAAUGCAGAUUUAUCUUGCGAUGUUUUAUCGACGCAGCCCGUGAAAAGAAGAUCGUUCGGCGCUAUACACGCACGUGAAAGUCGACAAGGUGUGCCCGAAUCUAUGUGCAAUCUAGAUUAUUCUGGGAGAUAGUAUUUAUUCUCCCUAUUGGGGAGUGUAUAUACAUAUAAUCUAUGUGUUAUCAAACAUCACAAAUGAUGUUCCCUGCUACAGGAAGACCAAUUUGUAUAAAAACAUGAGAUUUUUGAUUCUGAAAAUUUCAUGUAAACUUGCACCAAACCAUUCACAAAUUUUGCAAAAUAUUUGUUUAUGUAAAUAAUAUCCGCACUUAAGUAUGUAUGUAAACAUUGUAGUGUUCUUAUUAUUUUGAAUUUUAACUAUUGCUGUGCGCAAAUUUAUAUCAGUCGUCGAACUCAGAGUGGAAUGGUAUGUUAUCUAAAAUCGUGGUCAAGGGGAGACCACUGUGGAAACAUGUGCAUUGAAAGGGGCACAACGUAGAGGAUGUGUGACAUACUAUACAGAUUAUUGAUCGGCAGCUGUAAAUUCGUGGCUAACGGACAAUAAAUGCCCAGUGGUUCGUCCAGGGCCUAAAAAAUGAUCGGCACCGCAAUUUCUUCAAGCUCAAGUCUGUGAUCUGUAGAAGCAUGUUCAUAAUUCAAGUUAAUGUCUAGAAAUAUGUGGUUAAAUACGAAGAAAACCUGGAAUGAAAUGAAGCAAACUUCGAGAGCUUACGUUUUAUGGCUUAAAGUGUUUGACCGACAGAACAUACAUUGUAGUUUCGAGGAGAUAUCACCUGAUCAAUAUGUUUUAAGCUGGGAGUAACAGAACGUCUGAGCUACCCGCUGGACGGGACGGAUGUUCUCCCAGCUGGCUUAAAGAAACAUGGGUAACUGUUUCAUCGAAAACCAGAGAGGUAAUUCUACAUUGUGACAUCAUUAUACUAGCCUUGUUGGGUGAAUUAAAACAAAAGAACUCAAGUCGCUCAGGACUACCAAAUGUACUCUUUGUGCUCAUUCGUCAGAUGGAAAUACCCAUAGUCACAUGGAUAUUUGGACAUGGAUGUGGUCAGUGCUUGUUCGUGUGUUUGUAAAUAGUUAAAAUGUCAUGCAGUAGUAAAUUGUUUUGUUCCUUUAGUUGUUUUACGAUGUAGUAAAGUACGACACAUUUGAUUUGGUCCAAGUCACUGUAUUGUCCAUUGAUAAAAGAUACCUAUUUUCUGGUAUGCAUGUAAUUUAUAAUGCUUUUUAAUUUGCUUGCGUGAUCCGUUUUGGGUAAAUUCUUCGAUUUCUGUUGUUGUCAGCGUAAUGUACCAUAAUAAACAUUAAAUUAUUAAAUACUUGUACAGU